AUGCAUCGUAUUGAUCUAGCAAAAGAGCAAGCCCCGCAACUGACCAAUGACGAGUACUCCCGCUGGCGGGACGUCUGGAGGGCAAUGAUCUUCCUCGAUACCUGGCUUGCAAUGAUACUGGGCAGAACAACACAGAUCACCACGGAAACUAGUCACGAUCCUUGGAUUACGCACAUUCGAAGUGAGCUUCGUCAGCCAGAGGAAGACAUUGCUGUCAAUAUGGCUAGAUUGGCCGUCGUUGUUGGCGACUACAUACAAGAGGCUCAGCUUUCCUCAGCUGCAGGUUCUCCUGUAUACGAACGUCAUCUACAGGCCCUCGAGGAAUGGUCCUCAGCGUUGCCGCAAAGUCUUCGUGUUUUCAUCGAAGAUAUCGACAAUGUGCAGCAAUUAGACCUUCCUGACGACGACGAGUACUCAUCGCUUUACUUAGAGGCAUUCUAUUUCUCUUCGGUUCUGCUUGUAACCAGACCUCUCUUGGUCGAAAUGGUAACGACAUGGCGAGGACAGGACGACGCCUCGAUUCCUCACAGGAUUCGAUUUUUGGCGCAGACUUGUACGCUCAACCUUUAUGCUUCUCUGACGCUUGCCUUGAACCUAUCUGUCAGGCGCACUGAAGGUAGGUGGAGUUUGACCUAUACGCAACAAGAAAGCCGCAGGCAGCUUGAAAUUAAUGCCCUGGACCUUUCGAUGGGUGUUCUCGCAUAUUGUGCAGAGCAAGAUGUCUUCUCUGCAGGACAUCUCAGAACUGUAAACAAGUUCAGAACUGUACUCGAAACUCAACAAAGGUCUGAGCCAGCAUUCGUGGGAACAACACUGCCCACAUUGGGGUUCGACGCAACACCACCGACUUCGUUCUCAACAGGCGCAUCCUACCACGAGUCAACAGGGUCUGAUCAGAUGUCAACUUCUUCGGUAGGGUUCGCAGCACAGCCAUACUCCAACACGGUGAUGCAACUGGAUCUUCUUUCGCCGGUAGUUGCACAGUACUCGUCUUUGUACCAUACUAUAUCGUCCACGGGCCGCAGCGACUCACAAAGCACAAACUACUCGAAUCCGUCCGACUGGAUGGCGGCAGGACCGUCAUCGUCAGAUGGCCAAAACGCGGCCUCAAUGGUGGAUUAUUUUGCCAGCCCAACGCAGACUACAAAACAGCACUAUCACCCUUUUCUUCAGGACUUUUAUCAUUACGAAGAGCUGUAUUCGCAGGGACACGCUGUGCCGUACAACUAA